GAAAAAUCGUGAGAUUUCUAGACCAUCACCACAGCUUUCGUAUACGAGACUCGUUGCUAUAUAAUACAUAUAAAUAUUACAUCGAAUUGCCGCUCACGAUGACAACAUAUCGAGCCAGGAAGGAGGAUAACCAAGGAAGGCGCGUUUUCGUGGCUAAUUUGGCCCCGUUCACACGCAAGAACCUAUUGAUGAAGGUCUUCGAGGACUACCAUCCAGAACACGCGGUUAUUAUCCGCAAACCAACCGGCACGAUAGCAUUCGUGACGUUUCCAACGUGUGGAGAAGCUAUGGCGGCCAUCCGAUGGGCCAAGGAUACCAGCCCGAUGCUGCAUAAGCGUAAACUGACCGUGAGGGAGGCGGAUUCAUGGCAUGAAUCUAACCUGCUGCAGCCAAGGCCGAGACCCAAUCCAUUUCCAGGAUGGGAGCGUCCUUACUCUCCUCCGUUGCCGGUGGAGGUAAUCGUCCGCAUCGCUCGUCUGCUCCGGUUUGAGGAGCGUGCACGCAUGGAGUGCGUGUGCCGGGGUUGGAGAGCGGGAGCUCUCGCCUCGUACUCUACCAUCCAGGAUCUCGACCCUGAGGAUUGGCGCUGGCCCGAGUACCAAUUCGGAAGGAGGAUGACCACCGCCACCUUCCAUUGGGCUGUCAAAAGGAUGGGCCCCUACAUCACCAGCCUACGCCUGCCCGAUCGAGCGGUAACCGGGAACCUAAGCCCUCAGGUCCUUGCCAUUGCCGUGAGGGGUUGCCCCUUCUUAACAAACGUCGAUUUAUCCGGGGUAACGGUCCGUCCUCCCGCGAUACGUGAUUUAAUUCCGAUAGCCGCAACCUUGCGGAAGAUCUAUCUGGGGCCCUGUCAUGGCCAUUUGGAUCCUGAGUUGGCGGGACUGCUUGGAGCGGCGACGCAGCUCCUGGACUUCGGGGCGAAAGCAACGGAGUUUCAGGGGAAGUCGUUGCUUCAAGUAGCCCCGUCACUCAGGACCUUGCGGCUCUGCCGGUGUCCAUCAGUGCUUCCAACUCCGUUAGCCGGUGCGUUAGGCCGAUUAAGCGCUCUCGUUGCCCUCGAGCUCUCCCACUGUGACGGGUUAACCUCGGAGGAGCCACUUCAUCAACUCAUUGCAAACCAGGCCCUGCACAACACCUUGGAAGACCUGAGAAUCAAUGGGAUAAGCUUCGACCCCGUUAUGUUAGAUCCAGAAUUGGAGGACAUUGAGGUGCCGGAAGACCUACAGGCACCGUAUGUGGAGCUAAACAUAGGACCGGCGAACGCAGGAACCUCGUUAGCAGAAGCGUUCACCCGUCUCCACACCUUGCACCUACGUUUUUGUAGUUGGGUGUCGAAUUCCCUGCUGAUACAAAUUGGGGGGCAUUUGAAGGAUCUUGAGCAGUUGGAUCUUUCGGGCUGCUCAAACAUUCGCGGGCAGUUCGCACUGGAAGAACUGGCUACACUACCCAAACUGAGGGAAAUUCAUUUGUGCAAUUUGCAUCCUUCAGUGGGCAUCCAAGCCCUAGGAUCCAUAAGGACCUUGCAGGAGGUCCAAUGUAGAGACUCCUCUGGAGUAACAGACGAGGAUGUAUGCCAGGUGGUCAGGGGCUGCCCAGCUCUGGUACGCCUCAACGUCGAAGGAUGUCAAGGGGUGACACAGCAAACCAUCGUGGGAGUAACGGAAAUAGUACGUCGAGAAGGAAGAACUGCUGUGCUGAGCUUGUGGGUAGGCGAAACAGGCGCGAAUCGGUUCGCGAGGGUCCGAGAACCUCUGUUGCUCCGGGUUUUCUUUGAGCGGGCGUAUCAGCCAAUUUUAGCGUAGACGCGAGAGGGCGGACGCGUCGCGAUACC